AUGUUUGCCAAGGUAGUAGCUUUGUGUGGUUUGGUGGCGGUGUGCCAGGCUGGUCUCCUGCCCGCCCCGGCGCACUACUCGUCUGCCGCGGCGAUCUCCUCCCAGAACAUCAUCCGUCACGACCAGCCCGCAGAACACGUAGCCAUCGCCGCCCCAGUAGCCUACCACGCCGCCCCCGCCGCUGUCUCCUACCACGCCGCUCCUGCACACUACUCCUCCGCCGCCGCUGUCUCCUCCCAGAACAUCGUGCGUCACGACCAACCCGCCCAACAUGUUGCCGUCGCUGCCCCAGUAGCCUACCACGCCGCCCCCGCCGCUGUGUCCUACCACGCCGCCCCCGCCGCUGUGUCCUACCACGCCGCUCCUGCUCACUACUCCUCUGCCGCGGCUGUCUCCUCCCAGAACAUCGUGCGUCAUGACCAGCCCACCAGACAAGUGGCUGUUGCUACCCCAGUAGCCUACCAUGCCGGUCCUGCUGUCACCACCUACCACGCUGCCCCCGCCGUCACCACUUACCACUCUGCUCCUGCUGUCACCACCUACCAUGCUGCUCCCGCUCGUGUCGAAUACCACGCCACUCCCGUUGUGGCACACGCUGAAGAAAUCAACGUAAGUUACAUCUUUUAGUUUACUUUAAAUCAUAAUCAUUUGCGAAAGCGGAAUCAUAAACUAUUUUUAUUGUUUUGUAUACAGACUCACCCCCAAUACGAGUACAACUACUCCGUCGCUGACGGCCACACCGGUGACAACAAGUCCCAGCACGAGACCCGCGACGGUGAUGUCGUGAGGGGCUCCUACU